UAUAUACGCAAGUUCGCGCGCUUUUACACGCAUUUUUAUCCUUUGUCGUGUACAACAUUUAUUUAUAUUAUUCCAAAACAAAAUUAUUGUUUAUAUUAAUUAAAAUUGUUUUUAAGACAAUUUCAAUGUGUAUUUUAUAAACAGGUGUAUCUUUUUCAGUGAUUUGAAUAAAAAAUUAAAGAAUCUCAAUUUUUUAUAACCUCCAAAAAUGACAAUGAACGUGAAAGAAUGGACCAGAGAACAUUUCAUGUCAAAUCAAUUGAAUUGCAAGCAGCAUCUUGAAAAUUUAAAUGUAUUUGAGGAAAUUCCUUGUUUGAAUAGUUCAUCUUUGGAUUAUUUUAAAGAAGGUCAACUAGUCAAAUUUCGUGGAAUGAUUCAAGAUAUUUUUAAUCCAGAAUAUUAUUAUGAAAAUUUCGAAGUUAGAGACACAAAUACUGGCGCAUCUUCAAUUCGAAGUGGCAUGUUUAUGGAUUUAAUACAAUGUUCGUCCCAUGAGGAAGUUUCUAUGAAUUCGCCGAGAAACAAACACUCGGAGCGUCAGCCUUUUUUUGUUAUAUCAAUUCCUGGAUUAAAUAAUUGGGCGAAUAGUAAAGGACCAAUUAUUGAUAUUGCCAGUGUAGAGAGGAGUGUAAAUAAAAGAACACACGAAACUGUUGAGGAAGAAUCAAUGGAUUGUUCAGAACCAACUAAAAAGAAAGAAAAAACAUCAGACACUGAUGAGGGUACAAUGGAAAAUUCGAAAAAUAACGAAACAACAUCAAGAAUUGUGUCCAAGGAACAUUUAUUAAAUUUUCCAAUACCAAAUCAAGAUGGAAAAGCUUGUAUCGUGAAGGUUUAUGAAAAUGAAGAGACACACAAGCUAAAUGAUGUGGUUGAUAUUAUUGGUUUUUUAUCUCUCGAUCCAGCUCAGUGUACUGUUAAUGCUGUCGAUGAAUCUAUGGACGAUAUGGAAAUACAAACUCAUAAUCCACCUGUUUCCAUGGUUCCACGAUUGCAUGCAAUAAAAGUUAUACCAUUAAAGAAAAAUACAAUUUGUCGUGAUCCAGUAAUUAUGUCAAAAGCUGAAUUAAUUCGAAGCGAUUUACAAAUGUUUUUGAGUAAACUCUUAUUCGAUGACAUACUCGCAGCUGAAUACUUAAUUUGUCAUUUGAUUUCUUCAAUAUACAUGAGAAAAGAUUGUCUCUGUCUUGGUAAUUUUCCGAUUAAUUUAACUAAAUUUCCAUUGGAAAAAUGUAAAAAUUUUCCAAAAGAGCUUUACGGCGUUAUAUCACAAUUAAUACCAAAAAGUCAUUACUUAGAAUUAACUCUGGAGAGUCUUAACGAUUUGAGUUUUACUCCAAAGAAGGAUUAUCAAUGUAACAGAUUGACAAGUGGAGUUUUACAAUUAAGUGAUAAUACACAUCUUGUAAUUGAUGAAACAUGUUUAACAAUGGGCCAUGUUACACCUUGUGGAAGAACAAAUUAUGAUACACUCAACAAACUCGUUCAGUUUCAGAAAAUUUCUUAUGAUUUUCAAUUUUACAUGGUGGAUUAUGAAACGGACAUUCCAAUUUUAAUUUUAUCCGAGAAUAAAUCUUUCAUACCAUGUGCCACACAAGUACCACUUAAAGUUGACGAAGAAUCAGUUAAUGUUUAUCCACAAGUGCUUGAGGCAGCUAAACAAUAUUUGAAGGAUGAAACUAGAUUGAAUAAUAUCAGACAGUAUUUGAAUAUUUUAAGGCAUGGAAACUUUGAGUUUAAUGAUCAAAUGACAAAGAUUAUACAAGAGGAUUUUGUGAAGAUGCGACAGGUAAAUAAAUCUUUUACAGGUGAUAAUUUACAUACAUUAAUGGUAUUUGCACGACUCAUGGCAUUGUCAUAUGGAAAAAAUACUUUGACUUUGGAAAUAUGGAAAAAAACUUUUGAAUUUGAGGCAGAACGAAUUGGCAGGAUUCCAAUACGUAAUUAAUAUUAAAAUUUAUUGAUUAAAUAAUAUUUUAGAUUAUUAUAGUAAUCCUCUAUGUGAUAAUGACAAAUUUUGAAAAUUUAAAAAACAAAUCUAUUUUAUCCACUAAAUAGUUCUGCUUGACAGAAUAAAAAAAAAAAAAUUAGUAAAAUGUCUUUCAAAAAUUUUUUCUAUUUAUAUUUUUCUAUUUUUCUUGUAAUCAGAGACGUAUAAAAUGCCUUAAUCUUUUUUAUUAUUAUUAUUAUUAUUAUUAUUAAUUUAAUGCAUUUGUACUUUUUUUUUGUAAAUAAUGUAUGAAAAGUCAACAUAAAUAUUGUGAAUAAGAGUAUUUAUUGUGUCUUUA